AUGAAUGCAUCUCAUGUACAAAAACUUCGCCCCCAUCACAGCAACCACUACCACCACCACCACCAUCUCAGCCAUCAUGUCCUUCCACACCAGCACAAAAAUGUCAGUUUGAAUGGAGCUCUGGGGAAUUCUGGCACUCAGGGUGAUGGGUCCGGCUCGUCAGGCUGCUACGAGCAGCUGCUGGUCUCCACCGAAGUCUUCCUGGCGCUGGGCGUCCUCAGCCUGGCCGAGAACAUCCUGGUGGUGGCGGCGGUGGUGAAGAACCGCAACCUGCAUUCGCCCAUGUACUUCUUCCUCUGCAGCCUGGCUGUGGCUGACAUGCUUGUAAGCGUCUCCAACGCCACGGAGGCGGUCGUCAUGGCGAUGCUGACGGGUGGUGGCCUGCGGAUGCGGGGCAGCCUUGUGGAGAGCAUGGACAACCUGUUCGACUCCAUGAUCUGCACGUCGCUGCUGGCAUCCAUCUGGAGCCUGCUGGCGGUGGCAGUGGAAUGCAUGAUUGUGAUCUAUGAAAUGUCCUGUUGCUAUGGAUGAUAACAGAGUUUGCUGAGCCUUGGCAUGAGAUGCGCCACAGUGAUGGCUUAAUGAAAAAAAAACAAUGCUGUGCCCUUUCCCUUACAAACAUCCCUUACUCGUGUGGA